AACUUAGGAAAGACAGAGGAGGAGAGGUGAACAGAGCAAGCUGGACAAAUCGAAGAAGAAGAGAGGAAGUCAGGGCCGGUUCGACGAUCUAAUGGCGGGGUUGAAAUGGAGGGAUCGACUCGAAUAAAAAGGAGAGGAAGGAGGACCGAAAGCAAAGGGAUGGCUCGUGAGCGCCAGCGGGAGCUCAAGAGCUCGACGGAGAUGACUAGUGCAGUAGUCGGCGUCGACCUGAACAACGAUAGGGUGGAAGACGAUCUGGCGAUGGUGAACCCGCAUAACUAUCCUCCCAAACGACUGGGGAUCUGGUCUGUUCGGAGUUGGCCACCAAAUUGUGGCAAGAGAGGAUCCGUCAGAGCUUCAAUGGUUGCGAUCGCAGGAGCGCAGCUGUCCGAGGAAGAAGAAGAGCUAGUGCAACUUCAACGGCGGCGUUGAAGAGAUGAGGCCCCUUUCCUGUUUUGUUGGAGUGUGAGGGCGUCAAUUGGAAAUUUGUUGAAUAGUUGAGGGUUUUAUGGUCUUUUUUCAAGUAGGAUCAGUUUGGUAAAUUUUAGUAAGUCUGGCACUGAGAAGUUAUUUUCCAUGUGAAGGGUUAGUUCGUAAAUGGCAAGUGUUUGGGUAUCAAAAUGGGGAUGUGCGAUUUUGGAACUGUUUUGUCAAAUUCAUAAAGUUAAAUCUCCUUGCAGGACAAAAUUGUUUAAAUCUGAAAGUUGGGGCAGAAUUGGUGAAACUCAGUAGGUACGGGUACCAUUCUAUAUUUUGCCAUUUUGAGGCAAAAAGAUAAUUUUCCAGAAUUUUGUGGGGAAGCCUAAGAAAGGUUAAAUGGAGGA